UCGCAGAAUGUUCGGAUUCUCAGCCGUCUCCUUGGUCGCCCUUUUGGUCAGUCUGCUCCAAGUGCGAACCGGCUCGGCCUUGCCGACCCCUCAAUUCGUUCCCGUGGGCAUGCCGAUCGUCAUCAACCCCGCGCCCAUUGUUCCCGCCAGACAAGUCGUGCCAAUGCCCGCUAUGGUCCGUUACUACUAAGCAUCCGCCCCCCCCCCCUCUGUGCGCAUGCAAACUGUCGAAAGACGGCUUCAUGGGUCCUCCCGCCCUUCUGGUCACCCCAUCAGUAACAAUUAUGUCCUCCCUCCUGUUACCCUCUACCCUCUCCCUAUGAAGAUGCACCUUCACUUUACUCCAUGUAUAUCUAUAUCACUCAAUUAUCAUAUCAUGUCUUCCUUUUUCUUUUCUUUUCUCAUUUAUGUGUGUGUUUAUAGCAAUUUGUUCAUAUUUUAUCGACCAAUCAUAGAGAUUAUACUUAACAUUAUCAUAGAAAUAUCUACGCUUU